CCCACAUAAGUGGCCGCUUCAUUCAUUCUUCGAGAAACUUCUCCGUCUCCCACCUCCAACCUCGAAUCUCAAUCUGUUGAUCGCGUUUCCAACAGACAACUCUCAUCUGUGCUUCCAUUAGGAUAUGGAGGGCUUCACAACAAACCCACGCACAACACCAUUGAUACUGCUGUUGGAAUCGCCGACUAUCGAGUGAAAACAAAUCGUCGCAGUUGUGUUCAUCGGUGUUGAUUAUCUCUCCUUCUAUCACCUCCAUGUGCCUACUACUUCGAUCUUCUGACGUAUCUCAUGAAUUUUGUGGUAAGAAUCACAAUUUCAGGAACAAAGGGGAAGUAGAAAACACCGACUCCGUCUCUACCUUGAUGAACUUCUUCAUCUGAGCCCUAAAUAAAUUCCAACCACACUUACAUUCGACUGACAUAAGAUUAAUGAGAUCAUGAGAAGAAUAGAGGUUGGAGCGUUUGCAAGAUAAUAAUGCAGUGCUUUCUCAUUUUAUUACAGAGCAUUGUUAUGCAGAGGUGUCAAUUGAUCUUUAUACAAAUACACGUCUCUUAAAGUCCAUGAAAUUGGACCUUGAUUAUAUAUUUCAAAAGCUGAGGAGUUUAACAGCAAAUAUUACAACCUUAUGGGUUGGGGAAAAUGAUUUCCGUAAUUGCCCUUAUUCUCAAGCAAAGUUCUCCUCUUUUUAUAGCAAGCAACAGUCUUUAAACCUUAAAGAAGUCAUCCACAUUGUUGAAAAGAAAAUCUUCAAUUUUUUCACCUACAUACCAGUGAGGACUGUUAUGAUAACGGGCCAGAGGAGGGGACCUGGGCAUCUUCUUCAGUGGUGUUUAGGAGGUUACUUUUUUCUGUGGUGCUCAAAAGGUUGUGCCAUUUUUGUUGAGCAUCUAUGGUUGUUUGUGUAUUUGUAAUGAAUAUUCUGUUUUGAUGAUUAGGGAACCAUGUAAAAGGAUUUUCAAUUAUGUAAUAUAUCUAUAAAAAUUUAUGUAACUCUUAAAAUUAAAUUGAUUGCAUUUUAUAUAUUUCAACGAAUAUUAUAAAUGGA